AUUAUUAAAACAGUCUGAUUUAAUUGUUUGCAUUUCUCUCCCUAUGGACUAUCAUAUGAGAGUGGUCUUUUCACUUUUGCUUAAGGAAAUCAGGUCUAAUGAAGAAUCUACGGAUGAUUCUGAGGAAGAUGAGAGUGAAGAAGAACCCAAGCUGAAGUAUGAAAGGCUUUCUAAUGGAGUGACUGAAAUUCUCCAAAAGGAUGCAGCCAGUUGCAUGACCGUGCAUGAAAAGUUUUUGGCACUCGGCACACAUUAUGGCAAGGUUUAUUUACUUGAUGUCCAGGGAAACAUCACCCAAAAGGUUGACAUUAGCCCAGUGAAGAUAAAUCAGAUCAGCCUGGAUGAAAGUGGAGAACAUAUGGGCAUAUGCUCAGAAGAUGGCAAGGUGCAGGUAUUUGGAUUGUAUUCAGGAGAAGAAUUUCAUGAAACAUUUGACUGUCCUAUUAAAAUUGUUGCUGUCCACCCUCAGUUUGUAAGAUCCCACUGCAAACAGUUUGUAACCGGAGGAAAAAAGUUGCUGUUAUAUGAGAAGACUUGGAUGAACAGAUGGAAGCCUUCUGUUUUACAUGAAGGAGAAGGAAACAUAAGAAAUGUAAAGUGGAGAGGACACUUAAUUGCUUGGGCCAAUAAUAUGGGUGUGAAGAUACUUGACAUGAUCUCCAAGCAAAGAAUUACCAAUGUGCCUCGUGAUGAUAUAAGUCUUCGCCCAGAUAUGUAUCCCUGCAGCCUUUGCUGGAAAGAUAAUUUAACACUGAUUAUUGGCUGGGGAACUUCAGUAAAGAUAUGUUCGGUAAAGGAACGGCAUGCCAGUGAAAUGCGAGACCUGCCCAGCCGCUAUGUAGAAAUAAUUUUCCAGUUCGAUACUGAAUUCUACAUCAGUGGACUUGCACCUCUCUGCGACCAGCUUGUUGUGCUUUCAUACGUAAAGGAGGUUUCUGAGAAAACGGAAAUGGAAUGUUGUGCAAGACCUAGACUGGAUAUUAUUCAACCCCUACCUGAGUCUUGUGAGGAGAUCUCCUCUGAUGCUCUGACUGUUAGAGGAUUCCAAGAAAACGAAUGUAGAGAUUAUCAUUUAGAGCAUUCAGAGGGCGAAUCGCUGUUUUACGUUAUUAGUCCAAGAGAUAUUGUUGUGGCUAAAGAGCGGGACCAAGAUGACCACAUUGACUGGCUUCUUGAAAAGAAGAAAUACGAAGAGGCUUUGAUGGCUGCUGAGAUCAGUCAGAAGACCAUAAAAAAACACAGGAUUUUGGACAUAGGCUUAGCCUAUAUAAAUCAUCUAGUGGAGAAAGGAGAGUAUGACUUGGCUGCCAGAAAAUGUCAGAAAAUACUUGGAAAAAGCACAGAACUCUGGGAAUUUGAAGUUUAUAAGUUUAAAGAAAUAGGACAACUUAAGGCAAUUAGCCGUUAUUUGCCAAGACGGGAUCCAAUUCUGAAACCUCUCAUCUAUGAAAUGGUCCUGCAUGAAUUUUUGGAGAGUGACUAUGAGGGUUUCGCAAUGCUGAUAAAAGAGUGGCCUGGAGAUCUUUAUAACAAUGCGAUCAUAGUUCAAGUAGUAGUGGAUCACCUGAAGAAAGAUCCACAGAAUAGGACCUUGCUCAGAACUCUUGCGGAAUUAUACACCUAUGACCAACGCUAUGGCAAAGCCCUUGAAAUUUACCUAACACUGAGACAUAAAGAUGUUUUCCAGUUGAUCCAUAAACAUAAUCUUUUCAGUUCUAUCAGAGACAAAAUUGUUCUUCUCAUGGAUUUUGAUUCAGAGAAAGCGGUGGACAUGCUAUUGGAUAAUGAAGAUAAAAUUUCAAUUGACAGAGUUGUAGAAGAAUUAGAAAACAGACCUGAGUUACAACAUGUGUAUUUGCAUAAGCUUUUCAAAAGAGACCAUCAUAAAGGACAGAAAUACCAUGAAAAACAGAUCAGUCUCUACGCUGAAUACGAUCGUCCAAACCUCCUGCCGUUUCUCAGAGACAGCACACAUUGUCCGCUAGAGAAGGCUCUUGAGAUCUGCCAACAGAGGAACUUUGUAGAAGAGACCGUCUAUCUUCUGAGCAGAAUGGGGAAUAGCCGUAGUGCAUUGAAGAUGAUAAUGGAAGAAUUGUAUGAUGUAGAUAAGGCUAUUGAAUUUGCCAAGGAGCAAGAUGAUGGAGAACUAUGGGAAGACCUCAUUUUAUAUUCUAUCGACAAACCACCUUUUAUUACUGGCUUGUUAAACAACAUUGGUACCCACGUUGACCCCAUUCUUCUGAUUCACCGCAUUAAGGAAGGCAUGGAGAUUCCUAAUCUGAGAGAUUCACUGGUGAAAAUUCUCCAGGAUUACAAUUUGCAGAUUUUACUACGUGAGGGAUGCAAGAAGAUACUUGUUGCAGACUCACUGUCGCUAUUGAAGAAAAUGCACCGAACUCAAAUGAAAGGUGUCCGUGUGGAUGAGGAGAAUAUCUGUGAAUCGUGUCUUUCCCCUAUACUUCCUUCAGAUGCAUCCAAAUCCUUCAGUGUGACAGUGUUCCAUUGCAGGCAUAUGUUUCACAAAGAGUGCCUCCCUAUACCUAGCACAAUGUCCCCAUUGCAGUUCUGCAACAUAUGCAGUGCUAAGCACAGAGGACCAGGCAGUGCGAUCUUGGAGAUGAAAAAAUAGCAUGCUCCAUAUCCUCUCUCACGUCUGAGAACCAUUUUGUGGCACUAAGCAAUGCCAUUGAUGAUGAUGCUGUUAAGAGAUUAUAUAUAAUUCUGAGUGUGAUUUAAAACAAAUUUUAAAAAAGUAUCCAGUUUACUGAAAUUUCCUUCUAUAUCUCCAGAAAGAAAAGUGGCAAAAACAAUAUAUAUUCAUCUGAAAUAUCUUUAUUACACAAUGCAGAUUUCACCAGUCAUGUCCUUGUUCUUCAGUAAGUAAUGAAAAUAUAAACCUAAAUGGAAACAAUUGAAUUUGGAGAUUAUUCUUGGCACAUUGUAUUACAGAAUACGUGUACCAUAGUUUGAAACCAAAUCCGAAACCACAGUUAGAUGUUUGUAUGCAAGGUCAGUAUGUGUAGUUCUCAUUGAUUUCAGUGAGACUGCUCAAAUACUUAAAGUUAGGAAGUUAGUACCUUCCUGAAUUGAUACCUAAAUAAAUAAGUUAUUAAUAAGUUCCAGUAACUGUAUAUUUUCACCCAUCUCGUUAGAAACUGGUUAUUUUAUGUCAUUUGCAAACAUGACCUCCAUGGUGCUUUCAUUUGUAUAGGUAUUUACUAUGUUAAGCAAAUCCUUCUUUUUUUUUUUUUAACUGGAAAGUUUUUAAAUGUUACCAGUGAGCAUCUUUAGUCUGUUGUUUAAUAACUAUAUCUAUAGUAUCUCUCUUGAGUUGCUUAAAUAUAGAAAAACAUCUGGGCUUUACAAGAAAAUAUCUCCAAGAGCUUCAUAAACCAAAAGAGAGAAGGUCAAAUAACUAUAGUUUAUGAUGCCAACAAAAAUGCAGUGAUUUUUUUCUUGUUUCUCUGAGGCUCUGUUUUUAUUAUUGACAUACAGCAUAUAGGUCCAAGGGGGAAUCAAUCUUCAAAAGAUGAAAAAAUUAUACAGACACCACCUCUUCAGAGUUAUUGCCACUUUUCUAGUAUACUUAAAAUGUAAAAUAUGUGUGCAGUAUAUAUGAGCUCUUCAGCUGAUCACUCUUGUCUAUACUCUUUCAUCUUCGUAAGUGACAGAGUCAGCUCCUCAGCUGAUGUAAAUUGGCAUCACUCCACUGAGAUCAAUGGAGCAAUGCUAAUUUACAUCAUAUGAGGAUGUGGCCCAGAGUAUUUAACAAAUCAGUGCUUCAUUCUUUGUUGUCCCGUUUAUGCUUUACAAGUACAUUAUUAAUGGGCUUUGUUACCUCUGGUGAUAGUAAUACUGUAUAUCACUUAAUAUUGGAAAUAAAAUUGUAAGUGUUGCAUUAAAACUAGUAUCGUCAAAGAA